AUGAAGGAGACCACGCAUAUAGAGAAGCUUGAAAAGGCUAAUAUUAAAGAGCUUAAAGCUGCUAAUAAGCUAUACAACAACAAGAUUAAAGAACAGAAGUGCGAGGCGGCUGCUGCAGCGAAGGAAGUGCGUGACUGCAAGUGCGCAGAGGAACGCGUAGCAAUCAAUGCUUGCAAAGCUCAAAGACUCAAGGAUAAACAAGCUUGCAACGCUUAA